ACCGGCGCAGUGCGGCGCCGGUAGACGGCAGGUGUGGACGUCCGCGCACCGGCCCGACCCGACACACGGACGCGAGAUGUCGUGUCGGCCCCGGAGCCUGCUGCUCUCGUUGGCGGCUCUUGCGGCGCUCCUCACGCCCUUCUCGGUCGCCAAGAAGGGCGAGGCAGUGCCCGCCGCGCCGCCCUUCGACCCCGAGACGCUGGAGAACGUAUGCGACCUACGCGACAUGGUGCAGGCCGUCUACUGCUACUGCGACUUCCUGGAGAAGAACGAUGGAGAGACGGCCAGCUGCUGGGUGUACAACACCACGCGCACCGCUGAUCGCAUUUGGGACACGUUCUACCACCAGACCGGCCUGCACCGGCUGACCAUCAACCUACGCGGCAACGGCAGCCUGGACGCGGUGCCGACGCGAGCGCUCACCUACACCAGGCACCUCUGGGUGCUGGACAUCAAGAACGCCCGCAUCCACAGCGUGCACCCGGACGCCUUCGCUCGCUCGACCAGCAUCACGGACAUCUCCCUGGCCGGCAACAGCAUCGAGCAGCUGGAGCGGCACGCCUUCAGCGAGCUAACCAACUUGACGCGGCUCAAUAUUGGCGAGAACAAACUGCACGUGGUGAACCGAAACGUCUUCGUGAGACUGCCGCGUCUGAAGCAACUCUACCUGGACCGCAAUCGCAUCGCGCGCAUCCGGAACACUGCCUUUGUCAAGCUGGAGAACCUGCAGGAGUUGGAGCUGUACGGCAACAGACUGAAGGCGGUAUCGCGUGGCACAUUCAAGGGCCUUCACCGACUGCAGCGUCUGGACCUGCAUCGCAACCAGCUCGAGGUCAUCGGUGAUCGUACCUUCGCCGAGAUGUCCAGCCUGAAGGAGCUCGACCUGGCCGAGAACCACAUCAAGUACAUCGGGGGGCACGGUCUGGAGGGGUUGCCCAGGCUAAUGCGUCUCAAUCUAGAAAACAAUAGGCUGGUUAACCUGCUGCCCGGCACGUUCGAGCACGCACCAGAGAUUUUCUACCUCAACCUGCAGCGGAACCUGCUGGAGACGCUUGACGAGAGAACCUUCAGGCCCAUCAUGGACAAUAUGAAGAAUAUCACCAUGUAUUUCUACAUGGCAGAGAACAGACUGCGCUGUGACUGUCGGCUGGCCUGGUUGAUGAAGCUGCGCUCGCGGACGGCCUCAUCGCACGUGAAGGCUGCCCUCGACUCUGCCACGUGUCAGAUGGAGCCCGGUGCCAGCUCCACUCCGGACCCGGCUCCAAGCGACGGCCUCCGAGGUGCCGGGCCGGCUCUUCAGCUCACCGAUCUCAAG